UGUUUUGUAGAACUUCAAACUGUUUGAAGUUUUAUGUCCCGGGAACUUAGAAUUCUUAGUCCCGGUCAUAACAAUGAAUUGAAUUAAAAAGUACGAAUCUUCUCUCAGAAAUUAAGUAUCUAAAUAUCAAGUAAUACUAUGCUAUCAAGUGCUAGAGCUGCUCGCAUCGCGCGUGAGGUGAAGAAUUUUGAAAUGAAGCCACCUUGGGGGAUUAGUUGUUUUCCGUUAAAAGACGAUCAGUAUGACAACCUGUCCGUUAUUCUUCUUGGACCAAAGGGAUCUCCUUACGAGAAAGGAACGUUCAAAUUAACUGUGUCUAUCCCGGAAAGAUAUCCGUUCGAGCCUCCUUUAGUUAAAUUUAUAACACCAGUUUAUCAUCCUAAUAUUGACAAUGGAGGAAGAAUAUGUAUGGACCUGUUAAAAAUGCCACCAAAAGGUACUUGGUUACCGACGAUCACACUGGAAACGUUACUUGUUUCAUUACAAUCACUCCUCGCGAACCCAAACCCUGAUGACCCACUGAUGAUGGAUAUCGCUUAUGAGUAUAAAUACAACAUGGAUACUUUUAUUCAGAAUGCUAAACAACAAACUGAGAAAUAUGCUGUGUGAUAUCAGGACUAAUGAUAACAUAAAAAAUGUUAACUUGAAUUUAUUAUUAAGUGAAAAGGAAUAGAGUUUUAUGAUUACAGGCCAAAGUUGUUGACCCACUUGAUUUAGAGUACUUAAAAUGUAGGCCGUAUUCAUUGUUUUUAUAUGCCCUUUGUUUUAUAUGUAUAUGUAUAACUUUCAGGAUACUUAUAGGAUACUUUCACAAUUUUAGAUGCAUCUCAUCAAACAUUGUCUUGAUAUCUGCAAUGAGUAUUAAGCUGUGUAUCUAAUAUAUGCUAACAAUAUAUUUUUAUAUGAUAUAUUCCAUUAUUAAUAGAAAAUACAAAAUUAGUACCUGUUAUAAUAAUUUAUGAAAUUGAUAAGAGAAGUGCCCAUACAAUAUUAAAAAAAAAGUGUUUGUUACAA